UGAAUCAUCAUUAAGCGCACCCUCCCCCAAUUCAAAAUCACUUCCUGGCUAUCCUUUUACCAUCGUGGUAUCCUCGGUUCGCAUGCACCUUAUCAUCGUCCCAAGGCUGGAUCCUCAUUCUUGAUCUCCCCCACAUCCCGUCCUACCUUCGCUUCAAAACAUUCCGCAGGGGCGAGUAGAUAAAGCCAAUCCUUGGGCACUUCCUUCCGCCGACUUACCGCUCCGUUGUACAAAAAUACCUCCGUUUGCUGGCUGCAAGUCACACGGUCCGACUGCUUGCCUAUCUCGCCGCCGGGCUUAGCCUCUUCCACAUCAUGGCCCCAAUCAAUUCGAUAGAUCUGCGUACAAGCAGGGAUGAUGAGCACGAACAUCUACACGAAGAGCCGGUGGAGGAUGAAGAAGAGGACACCGCUGACUUGGACCCCUCUCAAAAAGAGUAUCUGGAGCGCCAGCGCGUGCUUGACGAAUACUUGUCUCCCAUAGCUUUGGAUGAAGCGGUUUUGUAUAAACUUGCGCGCCGGUUUUCCACCGUAUACCGGGAUUUGGCCCUUCAUUCGAAGGAGCAGUUCUUACCGACACCGGUGACUAGGUUACCUUCUGGCCUGGAGACAGGCCGAUACCUGGCCAUUGAUGUGGGUGGGACCAAUCUGCGGGUUGCUUUCAUCGAACUACUGGGGGAGGCUACAGAGCCAGACACACGUUCCACAGACGCGUCGGAAAGAUCGCGCGACACCAUUCGUAGGGCGCAGAGACAGCGUGUCAGGCGGACUCUUGAGAGGGCAUGGCCUAUACAAGAACACCUAAAGAUGGACAAGGCAGAGGAUCUGUUUUCUUGGAUCGGGGAUUGCAUUGCGGAAGUGGUGGCGGAAAGCUUGACUUCUGAAUCCAUAAAAGGCCAUGUUCCAGACGAAUUGGAGAUGGGAAUUACCUUUAGUUUCCCGAUAAUGCAAGAAUCCCUUACGGAGGCUACUCUGAUGCCAAUGGGCAAAGGAUUCGCCAUCACGUCAGACCUUGACUUGCGCAAGAUCCUCCUGAGUGGGUAUGAGAAACAUACAAGGCGCCUAGAUAACGAGUCGGAGCCUUCAAGCAAACGUCGGAAGCUCUUUGAACUCCCAAAACUCAAGAUAGCAGCUAUCACGAACGAUACAGUUGCUACACUUGCUUCCCUUGCUUAUGCUGUCAAAUCCCUGCCCAAUAGUCGAGUAGCUAUGGGCAUCAUUGUGGGUACCGGCUGCAAUGCCACAAUUCCCAUGAAUUUGAAUAUGCUGCAUGAGUCCAAGGCGAAGCAUGUGAAAUCAAAGGACCCGCGGGCGGAGGAGACGGUCGUGAACACCGAAUGGACGAUCGCGGGUGCCGACCCGCCAUUGAAGGAACUCAACAUCAUAACAAAAUGGGAUGUGGAGCUCGAUCGGGCGUGCGCGCGACCCGGAUUCCAGCCUUUCGAAUACUUGACGGGUGGUCGGUAUAUUGGAGAGCUCAUCCGGCUUAUCCUAUAUGAUUUUCUUACCAAUGUAAGUGGGCUGUCUAAGAAAGUAUUGCCCGCGACCCUCAUCCAGGAGUAUGCCCUGACGACAACUUACGUCUCGGAUAAUGUUGCCCGUGCUCGGUCGGACCAGGAGCUUGCCGAUGAACUUUCACGCUCCAUGCCCCCGCCGGAGAACAGCGAGUGGCAUUGGGAUGCUGUGUCGGCAAACGUAUUUCGCAAGAUCGCCAGGACGGUUCAGAGACGAUCCGCCGGGUUGAUAGCCGCAGCGGUUGUGGGUUUGCUUGCUUGUGCGCAGGAGAUUGAGCUGAAAGUGGACAGCCACGAAGGUUCGCCGCAGAAUGCCAAUGUCUCUUUGCCUGAGUACAAUGGCACUCCGGAUCUGGCCGCCGUAAAUACUAGUCUUUCCCCAUCAUCCUUGGUUCCGGAGGGAGCAAGUCCGAGAGAUGGUAGGGUUGUUCCUGUCCUAUCUCCCACUCCCACUCCCGCCGACUGGCAGUCAGGCCCUGAGGAGCUGGUCGUGGCGUACACUGGAGGCAUCAUCCAGCAUUACCCCAAUUUCAAGGAGACAUGCCAGCAAUAUAUUGACAGGCUUAUCAUGAGGACCGGCCCGCAGAAGAGCGGUAAGUCGGUUUUCUUACGGGAAGCCUCGGACGGCGGUGUCAUUGGUGCUGGUGUCCUUGCAGGAAUGGUGGGCAACAGGUGAACAUUAGGUAGGGCCCUCAUCACACUACUGAUAGCGGAAA